UCAAUGAGAGAAACGAAGCACACUCCUCUUAAACUGUUAAGCGUUUUAAUAAAUGAUAAUAAGGGUGCACACUGUCCCCAAGCCCCCUACCCAUCCCUGGCGGGGUCUCCCCACCCAAACGCCGGUGCUGCAGCGGCCGCGGUCCGGGGAAAUGGGGGGAAGGGGGGUCGUGCUGGUGGUGGAGGAGGAGGAGGAGGAAGAGGAGGGAGAAAGGAGGAGGAGGAGCCGGAACACGGAAAGAGCGACGGAGUUCGACCAGGGGCGCGCAGAGCCCACCGCAGCUCCGGCCCCCGCAGCAUUGCCGGUGACCAGGGAGAGGGAGCUCACCCCAAAUCUGUCCGGGGGUCCCCGAGAGGAAUUCCCAGUGCCAGACUUUGGCUGGGUAGAGGAGGAGAAGGCUGUGAGGAAGAGGAGGAUUCCUGCGGAUCCCCAGGCAGACAAGGAGCCCAGGGAGGACAAAUCCCCUCAGCAGAACCUCGUGGAAGAGGCUGUUUUGAGCGGCUCCAUGGCACAGGAAUGCAACGGGGAGGAAAAGCCGCAGAGAUCCCGCCCGAGGAGGGGCUCCAAACUCAUGCCAGGAUGCUCCAAGGAGGAAGGACCCACCUUGUGCCAGGAAGGCAGCCAGAGAUGUGGCCAGAGCUCUGAGCUGGUGGUGCAUGAACAGCUUCACAAUGGCAAGAAGCUGCACCAGUGCUCGGAAUGUGGGAAGAGUUUCUGUGCAAAGUCCAGCCUGGUCCGGCACCAGAAGAUCCACACUGGGGAACGGCGCUGUGAGUGUGGGAAAUGUGGGAAGCACUUCAGAGACACCUCUCACCUGAUGAUCCACCUGAGAGUCCACACUGGGGAACGGCCCUAUGAGUGUGGGGAGUGUGGGAAGAGCUUUGCUGACAGGUCCAGCCUGAUCUCCCACAAGAGGAUCCACACUGGGGAACGGCCCUAUGAGUGUGGGGAGUGUGGGAAGAGCUUCACUACCAGCGCUAGCCUGAUCAUCCACCAGAAGAUCCACACUGGAAAACGGCGCUACGAGUGUGGGAAAUGUGGGAAGCGCUUCAGAGACACCUCUGGCCUGAUGAUCCACCAGAGAGUCCACACUGGGGAACGGCCCUAUGAGUGUGGGGAAUGUGGGAAGAGCUUCACUGUCAGCUCCCACCUGAUCCGCCACAAGAGGAUCCACACUGGGGAACGGCCCUAUGAGUGUGAGGAAUGUGGGAAAGGCUUCACGAAGAGCUCCCACGUCAAAAGUCACCAGAUGCUCCACACUGGGGAAUGACCCUGUGUGUGGGGGCAGUGCGGGAAGAGCUUCCAUGACAGCUCUGGCCUGAUCAUGCAGCAGACAGUGCACACUGGGGAAUGCCCCUACACGUGCUCAGAAUGUGGGAAGAGCUUCAUCCAGCACUCCAAGCUGUUUGUCCACCGGCAGAUGCACAGUGGAGAGAGGCCCUAACAGUGUUUUGAGUGUGGGAAGAGCUUGUCCCAGAGCUGUGCCGUGACCCAAGAGCAAUGGAGGCAGCAGGAAGGGAAGCCCUACAAGUGCCCCGCGUGCGGGAAGAGCUUUGUGCACUGCUCCAACUCCAUCCCCCGUUGGAGGAGCCCAUUGGAUGAUCCCCAGUGAGCCCCAUUGGGCAGAGCCUUGGGGAUCCACGGUCCUGGUGAUCCAUGUGUGCAAGUGUUGGGGAUUACAUUUGUUUCUUUUUCACUUACAGAAUUUUUUUCCCAUAAGUUGCUAGAAGUCUAGCAACUGUGUGCUUGAUUUAAAGAAAGAAGUGUCUAAAGGAGAUGGCAGCAGUGGGCUACACCUGUUGUUUUUGGGUCUCUGAGAGUUUCCCUCAGAGGGGGGAGAUAAGUGGAGUUUUGGGGGAGGUAAAGGACAGAGCUGGGGGCAGCUGCUCUUGCUCUGGGAGAGAGGAUGGUCGGGCUGGUGCUCUCUGCGGGAAGAGCUCACGGUCAUCACUGCAUCUUGCCCUGGGAAAUUGCCAUCAUCUGCUCAUGUGCUCGUGUGCCCAGGGAUUCUGAGCUCGCCUCCUCCUGCCCUGCUGGGCCCGCCGUCUCGCCAUCGCGGCCUAUUCGGGGCUGCUUUGAGGCUUUCUGCUACUCUGUAGCCCUGCCCUGCCCUGCCGGGACAUCCCUGCCGCUCCAGCUACCAGCGCAGAACUUCUGAGCUCAUCCACCAGCCCGGGGCUUUCCACCCUUCCAGCCUGGUCUCUUGGAGUCCUGCAGGGCCACCGGGAUCGAACUGCCCCAGGCUUUGUGAAAGAAAGCCCUCGAGGUUCCUGGUUCUGUUUAUUAUUAAUGCUGUAGUUGUUGUUUAUUUGCUUUGUCAUACCUACAGUUGGCCGGGGAAUCAGCCAGAGUCAAGACAGCACUCAAUAUGAGUUAAAAAUCUUGCUCGUUUAUUCAGCUAUUUGGCUUACAUUUAUACUGUGCUAAGCAUAUCAUGCACCUAACUCUGAACAUCAUUGGUUAAACCAUAGUGUUCACACGUCCUUGCAGUAGACAUAAUUGGUUCAGAAGCUCUGUCCACGACGCUAAAUGCUGCAAAUCUUCCCUAACUUAUGGUCAAUGCAUCCUGUCUAGCAUCCUGUUACAGCUACUGUUCCAAGCUUUACUUCCUCCUUAUCCCAUCUAAGGAAUGGUUCAAGGACGUUUCAUCUUCUACUCAUCCCUUAAGCUAAGAGCAGGAUUGUGCACAUGUCCCUGCUUUUCCAGCCAUGUAUCCACAACAUACCAGUGAAGAACUGUUCUUCCUGGCCCCAUCCUUCUGCCUGAAAGCCCCCCUUUAUUUUCUACAUCAUCAUCGUUUGGAGGGAGAGGAUUUGAAUUCUCCACCCCUAGGGAGGUCCUGCCCUUCCCUAGCAGAUUCCUGUCUGUCAGACCAAGACAGGAAGAGAGCUGGCUGGUGGUCUGCACAUCUUCCUGGCCACCUGUGGGCACCUGGAUGCAACAGGACCCCAAGGGGACGUGGCCAUGGAUGGUGACAUGGACAUGGCUGGAGACAUGGGGGUGACAUGGACACGGUUGGGGACAUGGAGGGCCAAGAAUGGGGGCAUGGUGGGGAUACGGGCAUGGGUGGGGACAUCAGGGCACACGGACAUGGGUGGGGACAUGGGCUGAACUUCCAGGGAAUGUGGGGGAUGAUGGGUUUGAGUGAACUCAGGGCUCUUGGGAGGGGCAUGGGGUGCUGUGUCAUGAAACUGAAAUUCCAGAUCAUCCCAGCGUGUGCCAUGGAUCCCAGAGGGGAAUUCCCAAGGCUCCCAGGGUGCCGGUUCUGCCCUGCUGCCCAGGGCAGCUGUGCCCAAGGGGCAGGUGACAAGGUCCUGAAGCUGUGUAGGCUGACAAAGCAGACAGCAAAGGUUGGUUUGCUGGACAUUUUCCAGCCCAUUGCCAGCUCAGAGCAGAGGGAAGAAGAAAAGGAAAGUGAGUCCCUGACAGAAUCCCAGAACCAUUGCAGUGGGAAGGGCCCCUGGCCGUGGGCUGCAGUGCCGGGAGGGAGAGAUGCCUCUACCCCAAUGAGGUGCUAAUGAGACCACAGCACCAGAACCUAUGGAUUUUAUUUAAGAUUUAUUUUAUUGAAGGUUCUAAACAAUUGUGUAGUAGUUGACUUUCACUAGAAUUUAUUUUCUUUAAUUAUAAAAUUGUAAUUGCUUGUAAAUAGUUAUGGUAAGUUUUUAACCGCUUUGACGUAGGAUAAAAUUUGUAAACGCUUUGAGCAGUGUAAAAGGGGAAGAGAGGCUUUCACAAGAGUAAGUGGGCUUGCAAAGGAUGUAUUUUAAGAUAUAAUUAUUUUUGCAAUAUAUAUGUCCAAGAUAGCAGAAACGGAGAGCAGAAGAGCAUAAAAGGAGAAAUAGCAAAACCCCUUAAAGUGGCAUCAGAAGACCACCCUGGACCUCCAAAGUGUUCAACUCUUGAAGUGUGCAAGGUUGCAGAAAAUCUGAAUUACGAUUGUGGUCAACCAGCUCAAACUAAAUCUGCUCAAUCACUUGAGGAAAUAAUACAUCUGCAACGGUAUAAAAGACUGCAGACUGAAGCAGUCUGAAGUGGGUGUGUACUGGCUUUGCAGGCACCUGUGUCUUUUGCUUUCUGUUUUAUCUCUCAUUAUGCUUUAUUAAAAUGCUUAGAAUUUUUCAGAGGAGUGUGCUUCAUUUGUCACACUGAACAAGAAAUGUGACGUAGAGAAAUAGGAAGGAGGUGUCAGAGAGGAAAAGAAAUAGAAAUUCCUCUGGCUGCGACUGCACAGCUGCUGGGCAGACCCACAGAGCCCAGUGCUCCCCACUUCCACCUUUUAAAAAUGACAUUAUUUUAUAAAAAUAACAUUGGGUUCUGCAUUUAUGUAUUAGCGUUUGCAUGUUAUUAUUGAUCGUAAGUAUUUAAAUAUGGUACAAAUUGUAACUCUUUUGAACUGAUUGUUAAUAUAAUAUAAUCUAUCAGUUUUAGUAGGAACUGUAUUGCUCAUAGAAAUAGUAGUGUAAUAAAUGUAAUGUCUGUGUAUUGCUUAUAGAAAUAACGGUGUGAUGAGCAGAUUGUACUCUAGACCUUAGCAAAACAGAAGCUGUGCAAAGGCUUUUGUGUGAGUAGGAAGAAGAGUGUGAGGCCAUGCACUGCCUGCCCUGCCCAAGGGAUAACAGUGACACAAGACAGAGCACCGGAGGAGACUGGGGGAGAGCUCGUUAACUCCUGUGAUCAGAAAAGUGUGAAACACCAAGGAUGAAAUCACUGGAAGGAAUCAAAUUGAUUCACUUGAUCUCAGGAUGUCACACAGGUGAGUCAGCAUGGGAAACCUGAACAUGAAGAGCCCCUGCAACAUCCAAGGCUCUGGGGACUGUUUAAAUGAUGUAUAAGCUAACAGAUAUGCAUGUAAGCCCAGCUAUGGUACUGUAUAUAUAGAACAUGAUUUUAAGGUUUUUUUGUUGCUCUUUGGCCGUUUGUCAAAAGCCCCCCAGUGCUGGAAAUACUGCCCUUCUUUUACCCUGUUACUAAACUUUUAAAAAUUCUGAAGAGUGAGCUUUGUUUUCCACAAGGAGCAGUGAAGCUCCUUUGGAACCAGCUUUUUUUGUCUCUGCUGCCCCUUCGGCAUCAGGAACCCACCCGGGAGCUGCCUGGGACCCAUCUGGGAACCCACCUGCAGAUUUUCCCAGGAAGUGCCCCAGGAACUCCUCCAGCAGCCACACAGGAAUGAGAGGAAAGAUGUGUGCUAAUGUCUUUACAUCAAUGUCUUUACAAAAUAAUUUGACAGGUGAAGGUUAUGGGUGUUAAGGUCCUUGGAACCUUAAUGUCUCCACUGACUUCGGGCAGCAGGUUCAGUCGAAGAGCCCAGACAGAAGCAGACAAGGGUCUGCACCAGCCUGGACUGCUGAACUUUGGGGUAAAAGGACAGGUUCAAGGGGGAAUUUGUGGUGGGUGGCUCAGGAAGGCUGUACCUUCCUUCAGACAAUGGGAAAAGGAAGAGGGCAACGUGCUGCUGGGAGUUUAGGAUAAAAGGAGGCUGCGUCCUCUGAAAGCUGGAGAAUGAAAAACCCCACGAGCUUGUGCCCUGGUGGGCUCUCUCCCUUUAUUCGAAUAAAGUUGAAGGACUCCUCUGUCUCCUUUUUGAAUAUAAACCU